AGCCACCCACCUUCCCAGUGUGGUGCCUUGGUCCUGGGGUCUGUGUCAUUCUUUGUGUUUCAGCACCAAAUUCCUGCCGGUCUGCUGGGUGUGGGACAGUUUUGCUUUUUCCUUUGGUGAGGGUAAACAGGUUUUUUUUUCCUCUCUCUACAAUGACAUUUUGAGGUAACAUUUGACGUACUUUGUGCAGCUGCUGUGGGAGGCUGUGGGGGUUGAUGUGCACGUAUAAAAUGCAUUCAUCCCAUGGAAUUGAGGCAGUGAUUUACUGAAGCAGAGGACUUUGCGCUGAGUGAGACCUACACAGUCCACUUAAAAUGCUGUUUAUGUCUUCUACAGAGCAGCUUCCUUAGCAGUGGUAGAUUUGGUCACUGUAAAUUGACAGAUCUCUGUGAAAUCGUGGUUUCAGAUUCAUAAUCACCAGAAUUUACCUGGGAUGUUACCUGCACGAGCAGGUGUAAAAGUUUGAGGUGUUGAGAAGAUGGAGAAGACUUUGAACAGAAUUCAUCCAGUUUCUGAUCCAGAAGCAACCUAUUUUCUACAGGUGUCAUGGGAAAAGGAUUUAGGCACUGGCUUUGGUUUACUUCUUAGUGAUUGUCAGCGUGCCUGGACUGGGACAGUGUCUGAAUCAGACAUUUCUAGGGAGGCUGCUGACAUAGAAAUGGACAGAGAGAAAUAUGUGGAAGAGCUGAGGAAAGCACUUAUAGCUGGAGAAGAGUCAGCUGGCAGAUACAACUUUGUGAUUUCAAGAGAUGAGCAGAAUAAGGCCUGUCACUUCUCCUAUGAAAGGAACCUGAAAGAUGGCUCUUUCAGACUUGGAUCUCUGAAGCUGCAGGAAGUCCCAAACCCAGCAGAGGUGAUCAAGGAACUCAUUGGUUACUGCCUGGACAGCAUGGGAAAGCUGCAGGCCAAAACUGAGCAUCUGCAGAGGGAAAAUGAAAGGCUUUUCAGCAACUGGAGCGACGUGGAGAAGAGGCUGGAAAAAUGUGUGGAAGCUAAAGAGGAUCUGGAGGCAGACCUUUACAGCAGGUUUGUUUUGGUGCUGAAUGAAAAGAAGGCAAAGAUAAGAAACCUGCAGAAGUUGUUGAGUGAAGCUAAAGAAUCUGCAGUGGAUGCCAAAUGUGCAAGGGAUAGCGUAGCUACUACUCAGAUGGUUGUAAAGAGAGAAAACAACUAUGAUGCCAGCACUGAUGAGGAAAGUGAAAAUCCAGCACGGGCCUCGUUGCCAUCAGCUCUGGAACGAAGGGAUUCCUCCCUGCUGGGCAGCCCAGACAUUGUGGACCCAGCUCCCAGGAGAAAACGAAGGCAAAGGACAGCAAAACCUACAGGGCCAGGAGCCAAGGUGGCUAAUUACGAGGCAGAGCAACCAGCCCAGGAAAAGCCUGGCCCGGCCCCGCAGGCGACGUCGGGGCAGCGUUGCCCAGAUUGGGAUCUGGAAACCCUGGAAAACUCCUGUGAGCCAGAGGACCUCUUCGAGGACAUGUAGCCACCUGUGGGCUGGGGAGUGGGGCACUGCUGCUUCCAGCAGGGAUAAGUUAUAAACUAAAAGGUGUUUUUUGUUUUUUGUUUUUUUUUUUUACAGAGCAAAGCCAAAAUCUUUGCUCUGAGGCUCUAAACCCUCCUGCACCACGCUUCUUGCAGACCCUUGGCCUCCCACACCCCAUUUGUGGGCACCUAAAAGUUGAGUUUAGCCUCUGUGCAGACCUUUGAUCACCUGUACGGGGGAAGGGAGGGCACUGUGGAUGUGUUUUUGCAUCCUCACAGCCUCUGGCUGUGCUCAGGAUCAACCAUUUCCCAGGCUCCGGGCGUGAAGUGAUUCCAAGCUAGCUCCAAACUGAGCACCUGGGAAGAAUGGAUAAAUCAGCUUUGUUUGAGGUGCAGGUGUGACUUCAGAAUGGUCUGUUCUGAGUCAGAGCAUACAAGAGAAAUGUCCUUUAACUCGAGGGUUCUCUGUGGCACUAUGCAUUGUAAGGUGCUCUAGCUUUUGGGAGCAAAGUGCUACUGAAGUUGAUAUUGACUCUAUUUUAACUUUCUGUAGAAACCCACAGCGUUUAAAAUGGUGAUUUUUUUUUUUUUGAUAAUUCAGCUUUUUCCUUAGGGCAAUUUCUU